GCAACAAUAAUACCAAGACAAUAUAUUUAUCUAUGAAAUAUUUCUUAUUACUAGCACUAGUACUGAUUGUCUUAUCAAAAUAAGAGAUUUAAGAAGUUGAUGGUGUCUUGUAACUUUCAAGAAGCAAUUUCUAAUAAGCUGUUGAUGAGAAUCCAAGAUUGAUAGUAAAAUUCUAUAUUGACACAUGCAGAUAUUGGUAUACAUAUUAAAAUAAUCUUAUAAAGUAAGAAGAUGAAACCAGUCUAUAUUAAAUUAGCAGAGAUGUUAAAAGAAUAUGGAUUUGUGUUAGGUGAAAUCAAUGCUCAUGAAAAUAAGGCUUUCACAGCAAAAAACAAUGUAAAAUCUUAUCCAACACUUAAACUUUACAAAAAUGGUGUUGUUUAAGAUUUUCCAAACUAAUCUGACUCAGUUGAUUUAUUGUUUGAAUUUGCUCUCUAAAAUGCUUAUGAUUAGUUUACUAAUUUAAAUACUUAGGAAGAAGUAUAUAAAAUAUUUAAUUAAUCUUAGAUUGAUCUAUUCUUAAAAAGAUGUAAUUUUGCAUUACUCAAAUAUGUUAAUAAUGAUGAUGAUUUAAAAUAAUUUAGUGAUGAAAAUAUUGGAGUUAAAUUUGGUAUUGUUGUAAAUCCAGAACUUUAACAAGCUCAUUCAUCAAAAUAUACAUUGUAUCAUAAAGAAUUGCCAUAACCAAUUAAUUAUGAUGGUGAUAUUGAUGGAUUAAAAGAAUGGAUAUUAACAAAUGGUUUUCCAAAAGUUUUUACAUUUACAGAGGAAGAAUUCCUUAAGGCUGAAAAAGAUAAGAUUAAUUUGAUAGGAGUGGCUGGUGUUAAAAACAGUCCUCUACAUGAAACUUUAAAGGCAUUAGCAGAAUUAUAUAAAAAUAAAAUUAGAUUCAUCCUUAUUAAUCCAAAUUUAGAAUUACCUAAUAAGAGAUUCUAAUAUUUAAUUAAAAAGAAAGCCAUAGCUAGUAAUGCUGUUUAUUAUUACAAUUAUAAGUAAUUUAACAUUUAAUAUUGUAUUUAGUACUAAAAAAACAUAUACAAAGGAAUUUUCAGAUGAAUCAUUAGAAACACAUUAAAAAAUAGUAGAGACUUUAAUUGAAGAAUCUAAUAAUGGAUAAGAACCUAUAAAAGCUGAUUCUGACAAAUAUUUCAAAGGAGAUGGAUAAGUUCAUGUCUUAAAUACUGAAAAUUUUAAAGAAUAAGUUUAUGACAAUCCAAACCAUGUAUUUGUUAAAUUUUAUGCUCCUUGGUGUGGUCAUUGCAAAAACUUAGCACCUAUUUAUGAAGAAUUAGCCUCAUAAUUAGAUAGACAAGAUAUUGUGAUUGCUGAAGUUGAUUUUACAGUUGAUAGAAUUGAAGGUAUUUAAAUUUAAGGAUAUCCAACUUUAAUAUUUUUUAAGAAUGAAGGAGGUUAAAAAAAAUAAAUAGAAUACGAAGGUGGAAGAUCAGUUGAAGGAAUGAAAGAUUUCUUAUUAAAAAAAUUAGAUAGUAAUUCUAAUAGUGAACCUCAAAUUAAAUUAACAGAAGAAUCUUUAUCAGUAAAUGAAUCUGAUAGAGUUGAAAUUCCUAACGAUGGACAAGUUAUUUAAUUGACAUUAGAGAAUUUUGAAUAGACUGUUUUAAAAAGUAAAUAAGAUGUAUUUGUCAAAUUUUAUGCUCCUUGGUGUGGACAUUGUAAAGCUAUGGCAGCAGAAUAUGUGAAAUUAGCCGAAUAAUAUAAAAAUAGCAAAAAUGUUUUAAUUGCUGAAUUAGAUGCUACUAUUCAUAAAAUACCAAUUGUUGAAGUUAAAGGAUUCCCUACUUUAAUACAUUUUAAGAAAGACUAGACUAGUGUAAAACAAAUAAAAUAUAGUGGUAAAAGAACAGCAGAAGCGAUAACAGAAUUUAUUGAAAGUAAUAUUAAUUCUGCUUAAAAAUAAGAUCUGUGA